AAGCGAGCGCCACUCACCACAUCGCACAGAGUAGGAGAGGACGUGGAGAGCCGGCUGCCGCUACCCGAGUCAGUAAGGUGUUUUCCGGGGUCCGUCACUCUUGUCUGAAGACUUUAGGGACAGUCGGCUUGUAUGAGUGGAGCGGGACACCUCGGGACAAGGGGGAAUGGACAAGCACAAAGUGCUGGACCAGCUCCUCAUGGAGCUCCACCACUUCCUGCUCAUCCUAGACAAAGAGACCCUGAGCGGGAACGCCACCAUCCACAAGGGAUUGCUUUCCGACCUACUCCAGUCCUACACUGCGUCCAACGGUGCGGAUGAGGAGUACAUCUACAUGAACAAAGUUGUCGUCGGUAACAAGGAAAACCAGGAGAAAGAAGAUGCAGCAAACCUCCCGGUCAAUGGAAAAGCAUCCAAACAUGCGCCCGUUCCACAGAAGAGCCUUCCUAAUCUGCCGCCGCCCAGAACGAGCGCGGUGACUCGAGAACCUUUUCCCCUACCGCUCGUCCAGACGGCGACCUGCUCAGAUGCUUCCGAGAGUUACUACGAGGAGGCUCAGCCUUAUGAAGAAACUGUCAAUGACGACGGCGAGGCCGUCAGCAGCUCGUACGAGUCCUACGACGAGGACGAAGCGGCCACCAGGGGGAAGUCGCUGUCGGCGCAGCACCAGUGGCCGUCGGCCGAGGCCUCCAUCGAGUUGAUGAAAGAUGCCCGCAUUUGUGCCUUCCUGUGGAGGAAAAAGUGGCUGGGCCAGUGGGCCAAGCAACUGUGCGUCAUCAAGGAGCACCGACUUCUGUGCUACAAGAGCUCCAAGGAGCAGACGCCCCUGUUGGACGUGAGCCUGCUGGGCUGCAGCGUCACCUACAAGGAGAAGCAGCUCAAGAGGAAGGAGCACAAGCUGAAGAUCACCCCCGUGGGCGGCGAGGCCAUCGUGCUGGGGCUGCAGAGCAAGGAGCAGACGGAGCAGUGGCUCAAGGUGAUCCAGGAGAUCAGUCCCAAACCGGUUGAGAACGGCGACUUGCAGCAUCCUGUCUCUGACUCGCCAAGGCUCAUUUGCACUAAGGGGGAGGUCGGCGAGCGACACUCGGCGGCUUCGGAAAGCGGCAGCAGCACCGACGGCCACGCCGAGACGCCCGAGAGGGAUGUGAAGAAAAAAUACAGCGCAGGUUUGAAGUUCAGCAACCUGAUGAACAUCGGAAAGAAAAAAGUCUCGUCGUUGGAGAGCGCCGAGAAAUGCGUGGAAACCUCCGGCUACCUCAACGUGCUGGUGAACAGCCAGUGGCGGACGUGCUGGUGCCUGGUCAAGAACGGUCAGCUGCGGUUCUACCAGGACAAGAAUAAGAACAAAGUGAGCCAACCUGCCGUGAAGCUCGAGGGCUGCCAGGUUUGGCCGGACCCCAGCCCGGAACGCCUCUACUCCUUCCGGAUCGAUAUGAGCGGCAUGCAGCUGGCGACCCUGGAGGCCAAAACGUCAGCCGUCAUGGGCCACUGGCUGGGCCUCUUACUGUCCCAGACGGGGAGCAAGACAGACCCGGAGGAGCUAACCUACGACUACGUCAACGCCGAGAGGAUCACCAGUAUCGUCAACGCAGCAAAGACUUCAUUUUACUUGAUGCAGAGGGGCUUCUCCGAGCCAAACAACUACAUCGACGCCCUGCCCUCCGCCCAGCAGAACCCGGAUGAGCUGUAUGACGACGUAGCCUCAAUCGCUGAUCCAGAGGAUAUUGUUGCUGGCUGUCUUCCACUGAGUGAUGAAAAGGACAUUGAAGAGCCCCGUGAAAUGUCCGCAAAGGACGCACAUAAGGACUUGGUGGCUCAAGAGGAGGAGCCUGAAAAUCGGGUGUACCUCGACCUGGUGCCGGUGCGGUCUUUUCUGCAUACGGUGGCAGGUGGUGGAAAGGAAAGAUCAGGAGAAUCCCCUGAGCCCUCAGAGGAACGCAAAGAGCCUUUGAAACUAAAUGAGGUCAAUCCAAACAACCCGGCAGAACCCGACGCAGCAUCUAAUUUAAACGAGUCGGCCAAAACAGAGGAAGAGCAUUGCACGACUCCCACCACUCCCACACAGCGGCAAGCUCCGCCAAAUUCCAAAGCCCUGCCGCAAAGCCAGGAGCCCCCCAAGAGGACGCUGAGCUCCUCGGGGGUCCAGAAAACUUUGACUCUUCAAACAACCUCUGGCUUUCCUCUCAGUCCUCAACCACCCCGACCUAAAGCCUUCAGCACAGGUUGCUCCGGUGCCGUCGAGGGGAAGCUGGGCAAGAAACGCACCGAGGCGGACUUGGUGCGCUACAGCGACGAGCGCGAGCGACUGGAGCGAGAGCGCGACGAGGUCAGGAGCAGCCUGGCCGGCCUCAAGAAGGAACGGAGGGAAACCAAAGAGGAGCUCAGCACCUGUCAAGAUGCCAAACAGCAAAGCUCACUGGAGGCUCGGCUGAAGCAGAUCGAGGAGGCCAGUCGGGAAGCGGAGCGGAGGCGUGUGGAGGUGGAGCUACGGCUGAUGGAAGUCAAGGAAAGCCUGAAGAAGGUGGAGGCCGGGCCCUUCACGCUGGGGACCACGCUGGACAGCAACCUUCCGGACACGUCCACGAUGAAAACGGUGACGCAGCCCCCGUCCUCGCCCUGUCAAGCAUCCGGCGGUCCCGCCGGCGCCGAUCCGGCAUCUCCCGUCAAUUCAGCCAGCGCACUUAAGAACAGACCGGCGUCCAUCAUGGCCACUAAAGGCAAAGUGCUGCAGAAAGCCAAAGAGUGGGAAAGGAAGUCCACCACUUAAAGCCCGAUUGCCCUUGUACACUGAAAAGCGCCGUAAGUUUGAAAGCACGAACAGUCUUGAAUUGGCUACGAGUCAUCCUGGAGAUUGUAGCUUGGAUCGACAUUUAUGCUGGUAGCUAAAUGUAAAUAAGCACAUCAUUUAUUCUGCCUUUGUUGGGGGGGGGGGGGGGGGGGGGUCCGUAUUGCUAGCUAAAAAAACGCACUUUUUAUUCAAAUAAAUACUGACCAAAAAA